AUGCGGCCUCCGAUCAAGAAAACCAGCUAUGGCAGAGGGCAGGGCGUGGAGGUCUCUGUCAAGGAAGAAGGAUUUCAUGGAUCCUACUUCGAAGCGAAGGUGGUUUCUUACCUCGACAAUGGGCUCUACAUCGUCCAGUACCAGACCUUGCUGGAAGACGACGAGUCCAAAUUUCUGACUGAGACUGUGUACCCUAAGGAGCUUCGUCCUCUGCCUCCGGCCAUCCCUGUUCGCCGGUUCUCCGUUAAGCAGAAGGUCGAUGUGUUCGACAAGGACGGGUGGUGGGUCGGCGUUAUCACCCGAAAAGAUGGCCCCGACGGUUAUUUUGUGUAUUUCUGGACCACGGACGAGGAGAUCGCUUACCCUUCCUCUCUGCUUCGGGUUCAUCAGGAUUGGAUCAACGGCAAGUGGGUUUUGCCCAAGAAAGCUCGCUCUUAG